UAAUUAAAGAAUAUGUCUCUUCGGUUAGCCUGCAUUUUAAAUAUUUUGUUGUAUGAUGGAAACAUUCUUGAUGCCCUUUAUUUGAAAAGAAGUUAGAAUUUAUCUUUUUGAUUUGGUAGGCUGGGAAAAAGGGAGAUUAUGAAAUCUUCAAGGGGGUGUUAAAAGGGAGAUGGUAGAAAGCGGGAAAGAGAUAGAAAAUUGCAAUUUUAAGAGAGAAUUUUGCUGGGAAUGAGCUGAAUUAUCAACGCACUGCUUAGAGUUCAAUGUGGAGUUUUAAGAACAAAUAGUUUUGGAAUUUUAGUUGCUUUUUAGGAAUUUGAUUUGUAGUUGUAAGUUUGAAGAUAAAAGGAGAAGUCCCGUUUAAUGACUUAUCUUUUGAUAUGAAAUGGAUUAUAAAUGAGCGGAUUUGCAGUUGAUGGUAGAUCCGAGUAAGAGGAGGAACUGAAUUCUUUAGAUGCAGAUUUGCAUGUUUAAACGGUGUAGGAAGGAUGGUAUCUGGCUUUGAAGAUUGCCAAGGGCAAUAGCCUAGGGAUUUUAGGUGCAAUUCCUAUUUUUGUGUGUGAUAUUAACGACGCUUUUUGAUUCUUGCAUGAGUGAUUAGAACAAGAAAACAUGAGUAACUAUCUGAAGAAAAAUCGGUUCUUACCAGGUUGAUAUAGAAAACAAGACUCUGGAGGAUGAGAGGUUGCUUGUGUUAUGUUUAGGAAAGAAGUUUGUCAUAACAGGCUUGUAAUUUGAUGACCAAUAUGUAGUUUUAGGCUUAUGAUAAACCAAUACUUUUCUUUUUUUUUUUAAUCAAAUUCCUACUCUCCAAACAGCUAAUGGUACUAAAUGUUAAUUAGCUGUCAAACCAUCUUAGCAAUAAACUUGACAUAUUGCACAUUUCUAUUAUGGAAAAAAUUUUGGAUCAAUCAGACAGUUUUUGGGUGCUUACUGCUCCAGGGGAAAAGUUGUUUCCAGUCAAUUAAGAUUGUGCCUAAAUUCUGCACUAAAAUGACCUGUGUCAGUUUUGAGGAAAAUCUGUUCAAAGAAAUGCUAGAGAAUGCAUCAUUUUAGCCAAAAUAUUGGACAGAAGUAUUGUGGAUAGCCUUGUGUAGACCAACCAAUUUUGGAGCUGUUAUAAUGUAUUUGCAUGACUGUGAUAGCAAGAAGCAUUAGGCAUCUCUUCUGUCAGAGUCUCGUCCCUUCACCUUAGAGGUUCAGUUAUUUUUAGUUGUUGCCUAGAAAGUUGUCAGAAUGGUGGAUUUCCAAGCAAAUGUUCUCUCCUGUCUCACGAUCUCUCUUGGCUUCCUCUCACUAAUAUACUUCAUCUUUCGGAAAUACUCUUCUGCACCCAACUGUGCUCCAUCUCCUCAGUCAUACCCUCUGGUUGGAAAUAUCAUUGGCUUCCUCCUCAACCGCCACCGCUUCCAUGAUUGGGUUGCUGAAAUGCUUUCAUGCACCCCAGAUCUUACUCUUCAGGUCAAUGGCUUCCUUGGCCUUUCUCAUGGCAUUUGCACUGCCAACCCUGUCAAUCUUGACCAUCUUCUUCGGUCCAAUUUUUCUAAUUACGUGAAAGGCUCCCGUUUCCAUAAUGUACUACAAGAUCUUCUUGGUGAUGGCAUCUUCAAAGUUGAUGGUGAACUCUGGUCUUCACAACGCAAAAUUGCCAGCCAUGAGUUUAACACCAAAUCUCUCAAGCAUUUCAUCUCAAGCACUGUCCAAGGUCAAAUUUCAAACCGCUUGAUUCCAUACCUAUCCUUCGCAUGUGAUAAGGAAGAAGUCAUCGAUUUACAAGAGGUUUUUCGCAGGUUUGCAUUCGAUAACAUAUGCAACGUUGCAUUUGGUGUUGACCCUGCAUGGUUAGACUUGAACAAGGUUGAUCACAACUCACGGAAUUUGUCAUUUGUCUGUGCAUUUGAUCAUGCCGUGGAGGUUAGUUCAGACAGGUUUAUGUCACCUUUACCUGCAAUAUGGAAGAUGAAGAGGCUUCUGAAUAUUGGUAGUGAAAAACAAUACAAUGAAGACAUUCAAGUAAUAAAUGAUUAUGCCAUGGAUAUUAUACGAUCCAAAGAGAAAAUGCGCCUGAACCAAGAGGGAAAUGAGCUGGGACAGAAUCAAGAUUUGUUAUCUAGGUUUAUGGAUUCAGUGUCAAAUCUCGGAUUUCAUAAUCAAGAUGAAAAGAGGAAGUUCUUGAGAGAUAUAGUGAUCAGCUUCAUACUUGCAGGUAAAGACAGUACCUCAACAGCAUUGACUUGGUUUUUCUGGUUAAUUUCUGGCCAUCCUCAGUAUGAGCAGUUGAUCUAUAGUGAACUGCUGGCAACAAUUGCGACAUCUCCAGAGAAAGCACCAGAAAGUUUAAGCUAUGAUGAGCUUAAGAAGCUCCAUUUCCUACAUGCAGCCCUCUCAGAAUCAUUACGGCUCUUCCCACCAGUGCCAAUCAAUUCAAGAUUAACUGUAUCUAAGGAUACCCUGAGUACAGGGACUUUCGUGGGUAAAGGGUGGUUUGCUGAUUACUCAGCUUAUGCAGCAGGGAGGAUGGAGAGGCUGUGGGGUCCUGAUUGUCGGGAGUUCAGGCCUGAGAGAUGGUUGGAUGAAGAUGGUGUAUUCCAGCCCUGUGAUCAAUUCAAAUUCCCAGUAUUUCAUUGUGGUCCUAGGAUGUGCUUGGGGAAGGACAUGGCUUACAUGCAAAUGAAAUCUGUUGCUGCAUCUGUUAUUUAUAGUUUUGAAGUUAAGGCUGUUGAUGGAGGUGGAUUACCAGAAAGGAUUUUUCAUCCACCUUACACAUUAUCCCUUCUCCUCAAGAUGAGUGGUGGAUUGCCUGUUAAGCUCAAGAAAAGGCAAUUGACAACCUCAAGUUGGACUCAGAAAUAGACCAUUUUACUAGAGAAAAUUUUAGCAUGCAAGUUCAAACAUCAACACAUGUACAUACCUGUUUGUUGCAAAACAAUUGAAACUAUUCUGUCAAUAAUAUUGGGGGGAAUAUGUAUGAGAGGCUUGAUGCGUUUUUUACUUUCA